AUGUUUGCUAGAGCGCUUCGCCAGAGCAGCCGCCGGGCUGCUGCAAUCUCUGCCUCCGGCAGGAUCGCUGCGACCCGAGCCACACCCGUCGCCUUCAACACCACCAAGCAGGUUCGAUGCUACGCCGCCGAUGCGAAGGCCGCCCCUACCGAGGUCUCUUCCAUCCUCGAGCAGAGAAUCCGUGGUGUCCAGGAGGAGACCAGCCUUGCCGAGACCGGACGUGUUCUCUCCGUCGGUGACGGUAUUGCCCGUGUCCAUGGAAUGAGCAAUGUCCAGGCCGAGGAGCUCGUCGAGUUCGCCUCCGGUGUCAAGGGCAUGUGCAUGAACUUGGAGGCCGGCCAGGUCGGUAUCGUGCUCUUCGGUUCCGAUCGAUUGGUCAAGGAGGGUGAGACCGUCAAGCGUACUGGCGAGAUUGUCGACGUUCCCGUCGGCGAGGCUCUCCUCGGACGUGUUGUCGAUGCCCUCGGUAACCCCAUCGAUGGAAAGGGUCCCAUCAAGACCACCGAGAGGCGCCGUGCUCAGGUCAAGGCCCCCGGUAUCUUGCCCCGUCAGUCCGUCAACCAGCCCGUCCAGACCGGUCUCAAGUCUGUCGAUGCUAUGGUUCCCAUCGGCCGUGGCCAGCGUGAGUUGAUCAUCGGUGACCGUCAGACCGGAAAGACUGCCGUCGCUCUCGACACCAUCCUCAACCAGAAGCGAUGGAACAACACCAACGACGAGACCAAGAAGCUCUACUGCGUCUACGUCGCCGUUGGCCAGAAGCGUUCCACCGUCGCCCAGCUCGUCAAGACCCUCGAGGAGAACGAUGCCAUGAAGUACUCCAUCAUCGUUGCUGCUACCGCCUCUGAGGCAGCGCCGCUCCAAUAUCUCGCGCCUUUCACAGGUUGCUCCAUGGCUGAGCACUUCCGUGACAACGGAAAGCACGCCCUCAUCAUCUACGACGAUUUGUCCAAGCAGGCUGUUGCUUACCGUCAAAUGUCUCUCUUGCUCCGUCGUCCCCCUGGUCGUGAGGCCUACCCCGGAGACGUUUUCUACCUCCACUCCCGUCUCUUGGAGCGUGCUGCCAAGAUGAACUCCAAGCUUGGUGGUGGUUCUUUGACCGCUCUCCCCGUCAUUGAGACCCAGGGUGGUGAUGUGUCUGCCUACAUUCCCACCAACGUCAUUUCCAUCACCGACGGACAGAUCUUCUUGGAGGCCGAGCUUUUCUACAAGGGUAUCCGUCCCGCCAUUAACGUCGGUCUUUCCGUCUCCCGUGUCGGAUCCGCUGCCCAGCUCAAGGCCAUGAAGCAGGUCGCUGGUUCCUUGAAGCUCUUCUUGGCCCAGUACCGUGAGGUCGCUGCCUUCGCCCAGUUCGGUUCCGAUUUGGAUGCUGCCACCAAGCAGACCCUCAACCGUGGUGAGCGUCUUACCGAGCUCCUCAAGCAGAAGCAGUACGCUCCUAUGGCCGUCAACGAGAUGGUUCCUUUGAUCUUCGCUGGUGUCAACGGUCUCCUCGACAACGUUCCCGUCGCCAAGAUCCUCCAGUGGGAGUCUGACUUCCUUGCCCACCUCCGAUCCAACGAGUCUGAGCUCCUCGCUCAGAUCGAGAGGGAAGGUGCUCUCAGCAAGGAGUUGGAGGGCAAGCUCCGUGAUGUCGCCACUAGCUUCACCAAGUCCUUCCUAUAGACGUUUGGUAUAGGAAUGGGUGGUCAUCAUCUUCAGGGUUCCUGGCGGAGGUGAAAAUGCGCUGAUUGGGAGAAUAGAUGUAUAAUAGAAGAUGCGUUUCUCGCCAUCAGCUGUCUCAAUAUGGAAAGUCUCUUUGAAAACUGGUUACGAUGCCUGCCUCGCGUACUGCACGGUUUAUAUCAAACCCCAAAAAGGGUGUGGGGUGCGACAAGAACCAAAAAUUCUCUGGGAAGCGUUCCUG